GUAUUGAAUGAACAAAGUUACAAUACAAUCCAUUCUCAGAACUGUGAUAGAUGUACGCAUUUUGGUGAAUAUCUUUCGUACAGUUUCACGCACAAAAAAUUAUGUGCCAACGCCCCAGUACGCUCAUUUCAAUUUAACCCGUAUUCAUCGAUACACCCCGCAUGGUCGAAAGAAUGGUGUACAAAACGAAGCUAUGCGUGCUCUAUCAGAAGGGCCAUUGCCACCGCCAGAGCUGCAACUUUGCUCACGGUGACGCCGAGCGUCGCCGAUUCUCCGGUUCCUUCGAUGGUCUCCAUAGUAAGUUGAGGCUUUGUAUGGGACAUCAGUAACUGAAGAAUUACUGAUGCUUUGUACUUUUAUUGGAAGAGGAUUUUGCUGCUUGGUUUAUCAUAAUGUUACUUGUAUGUUUAUUGGAUCCGGUGGUUUAUUAUGCAUCUCAGAGAUGCAGUGGAUGCAAGGGAAGAAUUAGGUUUCUCUGGACAUAAUCUCUUGCAUGUAUAUCUCAAUUGCCAGCUCGAUGUACCAUUCGAAUUAUCUAUCUUAGUAAAAUCCUCAACUUGCUCGUUCAUCUAGAAUUUGAGGUUUCACUUUGACUUAUCUCUGAAUGAUACAUGAUGUUGCAAUUGGAAUCUUUUCAAUGGAUCUUUUAGUCCAAGGAGGUCAAUAAUCUAUCUGGGAUUACAUGUUCUCUUUAUAGUGGAUGCAAGAAGAGAGCUACAGAAUAACAACAAUUUCUCAUUCAUCAACAGCAGAAUUAAUUCUACCGUAUUUUAUCAGUUACUACUUCACUGGUUCUUUGAAAGGAGAAAUUCUAAAAAACUGGAUCAACCAUGUCUAUAUAUUACUUGAGAGCAUAAUUUCUACAGCAUCUUUGGUAUUUCCAACUUCAAGGAAGGCACUAUAAUUUCGUUAUUAUGUAUCUCGUAUAAUUCAGUAUAACGGCAGGAGAGACCGUCGGGGUCAUGACUUGAGAGAAAAGCUGGAUAAGAGAUAUUCUCCACCACGUAGAUACUCUCCUAGACGAAUUAUAAGUGGAAGACAUGCAUCCCAUGGUGACAGUCCAUUGGAAUCUCUUGAGAAAAGGAGUGAAAAAAAACGCCAAAAGAGGCAGCAGCCAGAUGACCAGAGUGACUUUUCUGGAAGUCUGCAAACAUCAAAUGGGACCGGAGAUCACUUGAGGGACAAGAACUGCGUGUCCUCUGAUCCCAAAGACAUCCUUAAGAUAAGGGAAUUGCAUUCCGAAAUAAAAAAGCUGGAAGACCGGAAAAAAGGACUGGAGGUCUACCUGGAAGAUAGAUCCCGAGAGGCAGAAAAUCUGACCUUUAGACUUAAAGAUCUUGAAAUAGAGUUGAUAAAAGAAAAUGAGGAGUGUAAAAGGAUUACCAGCAAAAUUAAGAAGUUCACUGAAGCACAUAAGCGUCUUUCUCAUUUACACGAUGAAGUCAAGAGGUCAGAUGCUCAACUUCAAAAGCUUGGUGAAAAACUGAUCUUAAAUGCUAGUGGUGCAAGCGGAGAUGAUUUAAGCUUAAAUGCAGUAACAGAUGGAGAAGCUAAAAGUAUUUGUCCCACUAUCUGUGGCAUGAUGAAAAAUAACAUCUCCCCACGUAAGAAAAGGUCACAAGUGAACGUGGCAGAUGUGGAGUCACCAAGUCAAGGUAAUGAGAAGAUAAGAUUGGGAGAUAACCCUUCUCGAAGAAAUAUGCUUCAGAUUCAAUAUAGUAAUGAGAAGAAAAUGAAGGCAGAUAUUAAGAGCAAAAGUAGUUCCCAGAAUACUGAAUAUGAAGAACGACCUAAAGGCUGGGGAAAUAUUUCUCCUAACAGGAGAAUAGUAGAAAAGGCCAAGGGGGUUUCUGAUGCUGCUUCCCUUCUGAUGCUGCCUUCGACAGGAAUGGCAGCUCAUGCAAUGGAUGAAGUAGAUGUUGAAGUUGUUGAAAUGGAAGAAAAGUAUGAUAUGCUUGAAGAUUCUUCUACAGUAGUGGCUGAAGAAGCUGUUUAUGAUGAUACAAAGUUGCUUUAUCUACCACCCCCACCACCACUUCCAACCUAUAAAAGUUCUCUGUCACAGUUCAAGGGUGAAGAUGAGAAUGUAGACGUAGAUGGGGGUGACGAAGAGACAGCUGAGGUGGAUAUAAUUUAAAAAAACGUCUCACAGUUCAAGGGUGAAGAUGCAAAGGUAGACGUAGAUGGGGUGACAAAGAGACAGCUGGGGUGGAUAUAAUUUAACAACAUUUACCGUCUUAGCUCUGAUGCUUCUAGCUUUAUUGUGGUAUCUUAUUUACUUUAUUAGUUGGACUAGAAAAAGUGAGACUCACAAAACGGUAAACAGAAAGAGUCUUGUAUAGCAUGCAUGUUAAUCCUGCAUCUCAUGCUUGCUAGGCAUGACUCGUGACAUUUGGACUUCCCAUUUGAUUCCUGGGUUCGCUGGCUGCUUAACCAAGAAUAUUGAAAUAUGAAGAUCAUUGUUU